AUGAGUUCUCGACCAACAGAAGAACGUAAUCAAGAAGCUACAGUAUAUAUAGGAAACCUUGAUGAAAGAUGUACAGAAGCUUUGAUCUGGGAAUUGAUGCUUCAGGCGGGGCCUGUAGUAAAUGUCCAUUUACCAAAAGACCGUGUAACACAAACUCACCAAGGGUACGGAUUUUGCGAGUAUAUGAGCGAAGAUGAUGCCGAUUAUGCGAUAAAGAUUAUGAAUCAGAUUAAAUUAUAUGGAAAGCCGAUUCGUGUCAAUAAGGCGACAUCAGAUAAAAAGAACUUGGAUGUAGGCGCAUCAUUGUUUAUUGGAAACUUGGAUCCGGAUGUUGAUGAGAAGAUGUUGUAUGAUACGUUUAGUGCGUUUGGGGUUAUUGUGCAGACACCAAAGAUUGCGCGAGAUCCUGAUACUGGAAACAGUAAAGGCUAUGGAUUCAUCUCAUACGAUAAUUUUGAUUCAUCGGAUGCUGCGAUUGAUGCUAUGAAUGGACAGUAUCUGAUGAAUAAACCAAUUACAGUGUCAUAUGCGUUUAAGAAAGAUGGCAAAGGGGAGAGACAUGGAAGUGCUGCUGAACGAUUAUUGGCGGCACAAGCAAAAAAGAAUCAAAGCCUACCAAACCGUCUUUUCGCAGAUGUCAGAACCACACCAGUAACAAUUCCUCCUCCAUUACUGACAUCCAGUGUUCCAUCAUCACAGCCACCUCCGCCACCAAGACCACCCAUGAUGAAUGGUAGUAGUGGUGGUGGGAGUGGCGGUCCUUCUCAGGUUUAUCCACCUAGACCGUCAAUGGUACCAGGAGCACCUCCACCACAAUACAAUUUAUCAUCGACAAGUAAUCGCCCAUCUUUUGCUUCACCUGUACGACCUUCAGGUCCAUAUAGCCAGUAUCCGCCUCCACCUCCCCCGCCUUCAAAUCAAAAUCAUAAUCACUCUACAACAGGCCAACCUCCUAAUCCAUAUAAUAACAAUAACGGAUAUCGAUGA